CCAGUCUCCUCCGCGGCUCCCUCUCCCGAGCCAGGCGGAGCUGGAGCUUGGAGCGACGUCGUUCUUCGCCGCUGCUGCCUCUUCGCACUGACCGAGGGCACCGGCGCUGCCCGGGGGGGACUCUUUCUCCGGCCGCCGCCCGACGCCUCAUCCCUGCCUGUGCCGAAGCCGGCACUGCCCGCGGAGCAGCCAUGAGCUGGGGCACGGAGCUGUGGGAUCAGUUCGAUAACUUGGACAAGCAUACGCAGUGGGGCAUUGACUUCUUGGAGAAAUAUGCAAAAUUUGUGAAAGAAAGGAUAGAAAUUGAGCAAAACUAUGCAAAACAACUGAGGAAUCUCGUUAAGAAGUACUGUCCUAAACGUUCACCAAAGGAUGAAGAACCCAGGUUUACUUCGUGUAUUGCCUUUUUUAACAUCCUGAAUGAGUUGAAUGACUACGCAGGACAACGAGAAGUAGUUGCAGAAGAAAUGGGACACAGAGUGUAUGGAGAAUUGAUGAGAUAUUCUCAUGAUCUAAAAACUGAGAGAAAAAUGCAUCUUCAGGAAGGGCGAAAGGCUCAGCAGUAUCUGGACAUGUGCUGGAAACAGAUGGAUAAUAGCAAAAAGAAAUUUGAGAGAGAAUGCAGAGAGGCAGAGAAGGCACAGCAAAGCUAUGAACGACUGGACAAUGACACUAAUGCGACAAAGGCUGAUGUUGAGAAGGCCAAGCAACAAUUAAACCUGCGCACACAUAUGGCUGAUGAAAACAAAAAUGAAUAUGCUGCACAACUACAGAACUUUAAUGGGGAACAGCACAAACACUACUACAUUGUCAUUCCUCAGAUUUAUAAGCAACUUCAAGAAAUGGAUGAAAGAAGGACUAUCAAACUUAGUGAAUGUUACAAAGGCUUUGCUGACUCUGAGCGCAAAGUUAUUCCAAUAAUCUCUAAAUGUUUAGAAGGGAUGAUCCUUGCAGCAAAGUCAGUUGAUGAACACAGAGACUCUCAACUAGUGAUAGACUGCUUCAAAUCUGGUUUUGAACCUCCUGGAGAUUUUCCAUUUGAAGACUACAGUCAGAAUAUUUACAGAACUAUCUCUGAUGGAACCAUCAGUACACCAAAGCAGGAAGGAAUGAGAAUUGAUUCAAAAACUACAGUCGGCAAGGCUAAAGGAAAGCUGUGGCUGUUUGGAAAGAAACCAAAGCCACAAUCCCCACCCCUAACCCCUACUAGUUUAUACACAUCCAGUACUCCUAAUGGGUCCCAGUAUCCCAUAUUCUCCAUUGAACCAGUGCAUUAUUGCAUGAGUGACAUAAAAACAGGGAAGCCCAGAAUUCCUUCUUUCAGAAGCCUCAAAAGAGGGUGGUCGGUGAAGAUGGGCCCUGCACUAGAAGACUUCAGCCAUCUCCCUCCAGAACAAAGACGCAAGAAACUGCAACAGAGGAUUGAUGAACUUAACAGAGAGCUACAGAAGGAAACAGACCAAAAAGAUGCCCUCAUCAAAAUGAAGGAUGUUUAUGAGAAAAAUCCCCAAAUGGGUGAUCCAAGCAGUUUGCAACCAAAAUUAACUGAGACCAUGAGCAACAUGGACCGUCUUCGGAUGGAAAUACAUAAAAAUGAGGCCUGGCUUUCUGAAGUUGAAGGUAAAGUGGCAGCCAGAAGCGACAGGCGGCACAGCAGCGAUAUCAACCACCUUGUAACACAGGGCCGAGAGAGCCCUGAAGGGAGCUACACGGAUGAUGCAAAUCAGGAAGUUCGCAGUCCACCACAGCAACACACUCAUCCAAAUGAGUUUGAUGAUGAGUUUGAAGAUGAUGAUCCAUUACCAGCUAUAGGACAUUGCAAGGCUAUAUAUCCAUUUGAUGGUCAUAAUGAAGGCACUCUAGCAAUGAAAGAAGGGGAAAUCUUGUACAUUAUUGAGGAGGACAAAGGAGAUGGGUGGACAAGAGCUCGAAGACAUAAUGGAGAGGAAGGCUAUGUGCCAACAUCAUAUAUAGAUGUAACGCUAGAGAAAAACAGCAAAGGUUCCUGAAGCGGGUUUCUGAGAAAAUGGGCGAGAUCUUGAAGGAGGUUACAUGCAGCUGCUGGGGGGGAGGGGGUGGGGAGGGGAGGGGUACUAGACUGGGAGGCCCAAGGGUAAAAGCUAGUUGCAUGAAUGCAUGCAGACAUACAUUUAGUCACUAACAUCUUAGCAUCUCCAUAUAUAGGUAAGGAUGUAUUACACAAUCUUGAAUUUGUGCAGGAAAACAGAGUUCCAUUACCAGAGUAAAAAGGCUACUGCUCCUAAAAUUGCUUUAUUUUCAUUGUUCUAGGUUGUUCCAGGUGCACAAACUAUAUUUUAGCUUGUGCAAUGUUUUGAUUUCUCAGUUAUGCUCUUUUCCAACUCAUUUUAAUUGGCAGUCACUUAGAACCAUGUCAGUUAUCAGUCUGCCUGUGCCACCUCCAUGCUCGCUGUUAACCUCCUCCUGCAUGCCUAGGACAGGCAUGUUCUGUGUAACACUUUGCCAUCAGUGCUUGUCUUAUUUUGUAACAAAUCAUUUUCUUUAAAUAUCUUCGGCACUAAAGUUUCAUCCCAGUAUCCAUGUAUGCUGCUAUAACAAUACCACUGCAACCAUCAUUACAUUCCAGAUUUUUGGCAUAACAACUGAUAAGAGACCGUAAUGUGUUUUCUUAAUUUGGGGAACUAAUACAUCUCAGCUCUAGCCUACAAUGCAAUCAAGAGAAACUCCUAGACCUGUGGUCCAUCUUCAGCCCUUCAGUAACCUGUUGUGAGCACUGAAAACCUGGAACACAACCAGAGGAUUCACCACUGCGAGCUAAUGACUGUUUUCAGAAGUCAACCACUUGCCAUUCAAAAGCUGCCUUAAACUAGAGUGCCUAAAAUCUGCUGUUUGCCAACACUACCACUUACAGUAUCCCACAAGGGCUUUGUGUCUCAGCUCUUUCCACAGUGCUGCAGCUGCUGAGGUAGCCACGGUAGGUGUUUUCUAGAGCUCUACUUUACUGGAUACAUGGUGCAUCGUGAAUUUUAUACAUUGAAAUGUGUAUCUCAUUACUUUUAUACAUUGAAAUGUGUAUCUCUUCAUUUGACUUUAAUAUUUUUUUAAAAGAUUUUUAUGGAAACUGUCUUUUAGUUUUUCACUAUGAAGUUCCAAGUUUAAUUACUGCAGUGCUAGUCCAUUUCCAGGUGAUGCUUCAUUGUAUGGACCAGUUGAAAUUUGAGUGAUACUUUGUUAAUGAUCUAUGUGCACUUUUACUUGUAAACAAUUGAAAUUUGGAUAUGUUUAUACGUGUAAAUAUAGUUGUCUGCAGUGCCCCUAUUGCUUAUGUUGUCUUGCCUCCCAUUUGUGGUUCUAUUAAUACAUACAUCAUAUCUGAUUGAUUAAGGUGAUAAGAAUUAGACUAGAGAUGUUGGGGGGAGGGAUACUUGUAUCAAAGAAAGCUUGUCAACCCAGCCACCUGCUGUUCAGCAGCAUAUUAUAAAAUAAUAAUUAAAACAUCCUCUUUUUCUGGCGUCUGAAGCAAUAUUUGGAUGCAGCAGUGCUGGAUUCUGUUUCAUUUCAGUGUUAUUAGAAACUGUACUACCAGUAAAACUGAAUUUGAGUGACUUGUGUAGAGGUUUAUUCCUUUUGUUAUGUAUACCACUAUUACACAGCUUGACCUAGUGUACUAUGGGGCCUAUUAAACUCUAAAGUUUAGAUUUUUGGAGCUUGUAUACAGGGUUAUUUAUAUAAUAAUGUGACAUUACUCAAUACUGACAAAACUACUUAGGUAGUUUUUUGGCUUUGGGGUUUUUUGGGGGUUUGUUGGGCUUGGGGUUGGGUUUUUUGUUUGUUUUUCUUUUUUUUUUAAAUCUAGUGCUUUUUUUAUUUUAAAGUUAGAGAAAAAUGCGAUGAUCCUUGUGGGUCCCUUCCAACUCAGAAUAUUCUGUGAUUCUGUAAUUCUGUGAAAAGGAGGAAAUGUGAUCUGUGUAUUUUCUGCUAAAGGGCCUGUGGUCUGCCUGGCUAACAGCCUUGCAGGUCAGUAAUAACGCUGCCUGGUAAAGGACUAAAUGCUCUCUUCACGCUACUGUUUGUUUUUCUAAAACCAGGAUUUGCUUCCUUUGGAGGCAGGUUGCUUUCAAGAUGGAUAGUGCAACUUGUAUGGGGGUUAUUAAACAUAGGAAAAAACAUUUGUACUUGCACAGCUAGUUAUCAAUCACUUAUUCUAAAAUUCUGAAUGUGAGUUGUCUUAAAGCAUCUGACAUUUUCCAGUAAUUUUUUAAUCCUUUUUUGUGCACAUGUUGAUUUCCUAAAUGUUAAAUGCUUUGUUUAAGAAUAGUGUUCUCUGUUGAGAAUAUUUUCAUGGAAUAAAAAAAUCUUUUCAUGGUCUAAGUAA